AUGCUGCGCUGGCUCCGGGGCUUCGUGCUGCCCGCCGUGGCCUGCCAGGAAGACGAUGACUACCUCAGCUACAAGAUCCUCUUCCAAGACCUGGACCGCGGCGGGAACGGGUUGGUGGACAUCGUGGAGCUCCAGGAGGGGCUGAAAAACUGGGGCUCCUCAUUUGGUCUGAACUCUGAGAAUGACAUUUUUAAAGCUGGAGAUACUAAUGAGGAUUCAAGAUUGGACUUUGGAGAAUUUUUGCAGUACCUUAAAGACCACGAGAAAAAAAUGAGGCUGGCAUUUAAUAGUCUGGACAAAAAUAGUGAUGAUGUGUGAAUAAUAGAAACUUCAGAAAUAAUUGCUGCUUUGAAAUCACUGGGUAUAAAUAUUUCUGAAGCUCAGGCAAAAAAAAUUCUACAAAGCAUUGAUAGUGAUGGAACGAUGACAGUAGACUGGGAUGAAUGGAAGUACUACUUUUUACUUCAUCCUGCAACAAAUAUUGAUGAAACUGCUCAUUUCUGGAAGCAUUCUACUAUAAUUGACAUAGGGGAGAGUAUAUCUAUCCCAGAUGAAUUUACUGAAGAAGAAAAGCGUUCUGGAGAUUGGUGGAGGCGUUUGGUGGCAGGAGGUAUAGCUGGGGCAGUUGCAAGGACAUGCACAGCAUCUUUUGACCACUUGAAAGUCAUGAUGCAGGUUCAUAGUUUAAAGUCAAGGAGAAUGAGAUUGAUUGGUGGAUUUGAGCAGAUGUUAAAAGAAGGAGGAAUUCAUUCUCUUCGGUGGGGAAAUGGUGUAAAUGUUUUUAAAAUUGCACCUGAGACAGCUCUCAAGAUUGGGGCCUAUGUACAGUGUAAGAAAUGGCUUAGUUUUGACGGUGCUAAUGUAGGAAUUAUUGAGAGAUUUAUAUCUGGCUCAUUUGCUGGUGCAACUGCCCAGACCUGUAUUUAUCCCAUGGAGGUUCUAAAGACCAGACUGGCUCUAGGUAAAACUGGAGAGUAUUCAGGGUUCAUUGAUUGUGGCCAGAAGCUUCUGAAACAAGAAGGUGUUAGAACCUUUUUCAAAGGUUAUAUUCCUAACUUGCUAGGUAUUCUACCUUAUGCAGGCAUAGAUUUUGCUGUUUAUGAGCUGUUGAAGAAUUAUUGGCUAGAACAUCACGUGGCAGAGUCUAUAGACCCUGGGAUAAUAAUUUUGCUGGGAUGUAGUACAUUGUCUCACACAUGUGCUCAGAUAGCCACCUUCCCACUGACCCUUAUCAGAACUCGCAUGCAGGUUCAAGCACUGGAAGAAAAAGGAACAACAACUUCUAUGUUUCAUCUCAUUCAAGAGAUAUUUAACAACGAAGGAAAAAGGGGAUUUUUCAGGGGUCUUACCCCAAACAUCAUAAAGGUGCUUCCCGCAGUAGGCAUCAGCUAUGUAGUUUAUGAAAUAGUGGGAUAACAUUUGGGAUUAAUUUAAAAGUGAAAUAUCAAAUU